UGAUGGGCUAGUGACUGGGGACUCAGGAGUCCGGUAAGGCGCUCUUCACUUCCCCUUCCUCCUCUCUCUCCCCUCUGACCGCCCCAGACAGGGCCAGAAAGAAAAUGACUUUACUGAAAAAUUCAACUUUAAAAAGCUUCUUUAGAAAAAUAAGAAGGCCCCAGGCAGUCACUUAGUACAAGCCAAGGGAGAAACCGGUGAACAAGGGGCCUGUCAGUGCUUGACAAACUGUGAAGGACAACUCCAGCCUGUUUGCCUUCAGAGGGUCUCCUUCCCCCGAGGAUUAGGAUUCGGGGACAAUCCCGGGAAUGUUGAUGUUUGCCAUUCUAAUUGUUUGAUCCCUCCCUAGCCUCUCCCCAGGGCCUGUACUAGGCCUCUUGCUCUCUCCUAACCAGCUCUGCCAAGAUCUGUGGUUCUCCAUCCACUUCCCCGCCCUUCAGCCUGCCUCCUUCCACUCCCUGAAACAUGGCCAAGGCCACAGGGUGACAUCUCACAACAUUUCUCUUGGGAACGCAGAAGGGAAAUGCAAUGGAGAAAAGAAAGCACCCAAGCUGCAUGCUGGCGAUCACUGAUGCUGCGGUUGGUGGUUCCUGUUCCUCCAUGAGGCAUCAGGUGCUCCGAAUCUCUGUGGAUGAUGAAGCCCAGGUACAGAAGGUGAAGGAGCUGGAGGACCUGGAGCACUUGCAGCUGGACUUCUGGCGGGGCCCUGCCAGGCCAGGCUUCCCCAUCGACGUCCGAGUGCCCUUCCCCAGCAUCCAGGCUGUCAAAGUCUUCCUGGAGGCCCAUGGCAUCAGAUAUACAAUCAUGAUCGAGGAUGUGCAGUUGCUGCUGGAUGAGGAGCAGGAGCAGAUGUUCGCUUCCCAGGGCCGAGCCCGCACCACCAGCACCUUUAACUACGCCACCUACCACACCCUGGAGGAGAUCUAUGACUUCAUGGACAUACUGGUGGCCGAGCACCCACAGCUUGUCAGCAAGCUCCAGAUUGGCAGCAGCUAUGAAGGCCGCCCCAUCUACGUGCUGAAGUUCAGCACUGGGGGAAACAACCGUCCGGCUAUCUGGAUUGACACGGGCAUCCAUUCCCGGGAGUGGGUCACCCAGGCCAGUGGGGUCUGGUUUGCAAAGAAGAUCACUGAAGACUAUGGCCAGGACCCGGCUUUCACCGCCAUUCUUGACAACUUGGACAUCUUCCUGGAGAUUGUCACUAACCCUGACGGUUUUGCCUUUACCCACAGUGAGAAUCGAAUGUGGCGCAAGACUCGAUCCCGCACGUCGGGCUCUUUCUGUGUUGGGGUGGACCCCAACAGGAACUGGGAUGCCGGCUUUGGGGGGGCAGGAGCCAGCAGCAACCCAUGCUCGGAAACUUACCAUGGCAAGUUUCCCAAUUCUGAAGUGGAAGUCAAGUCCAUCGUGGACUUUGUGAACGACCAUGGAAACAUCAAGGCCUUCAUCUCCAUCCACAGCUACUCCCAGCUCCUCCUCUAUCCCUAUGGCUACAAAACAGAAGCACCUGCGGACAAGGAUGAGCUGGAUCAGAUAUCUAAGUCUGCUGUUGCCGCCCUGACCUCUCUGUAUGGGACCAAGUUCCAGUAUGGCAGCAUCAUCACUACAAUUUACCAAGCCAGUGGAGGCACCAUUGACUGGACGUACAACCAGGGCAUCAAGUACUCCUUCUCCUUCGAGCUCCGGGACACUGGGCGCUAUGGCUUCCUGUUGCCAGCCUCCCAGAUCAUCCCCACAGCCCAGGAGACAUGGCUGGCACUUCUGACCAUCAUGGAGCACACUCUGAAUCACCCCUACUGACCUGGCUCUCCUCCUCUCCAGCCCCGUGCAGGCAACCAAAUAAAGUUUGAGUGUACAUGGAACAGAAUGGGGCUCGUGCAUGAGAAUGCGUAUGGUGUGUCUGCCUGUUAAAGCUGUGGCAGAAGUGAUUUAGUUCUUGCAGGUCUCACUGGAAAUGUGUGGGUGGUUGGACUAGAUGACCCCUAAACUCCCCUGCAUUCCAAGGUCCUGUGAAGUUGUAUCCAAGUGGUGUCUGUUUUAAUUAGACCACCCUGAGCUCAGCUCGUCAGUGGGGUGAUUUGUUCAUACCUUAGCAGUAAGCAGCAGCCACAGCUGCUAACCAAAUGCCCGGCACCCCACAGCGAUGAGGAAUUCAGCUUAUACAAUAGUCUAGCUAGCUGGAUCCAUCCAUCUACUAAAGCAAUAACCUUGAGUAUGAAAUAGAGUAAUCCUGGUGGCCACUGUUGUCCCAAAUCAGUGUUGCAGCCAGGCAAAGCAAACUUUUCUAAAGCAAAGUAUGGUCUACUCUUGAAUAAAUUGGAAGAAAACAGUUGGGGUAAAUGGAAUCAUUUAGUGAGGAUAAAGAACAAACACCAAUCCCAGGACAUUUUAUUAAUUGUAGUAUAUCAUGAUGACUUUGUCUUUAGGGACAAAAGUAGUUUACUUUUCAUCACCACAUCCUUUCUAGCAUCUCCUGGUACACUGUCUCCACUGCCUCCUUUCUACCCGCCAGCACUCCUUACUCUGUGCAAAAUUUCUCAAACAUAAGGCUCCCCUCUUGAUAACCCUCCACAGCUCCUAGAAUUUGGCUUCUCUCCUUUGGCUUGGUGAUUCUGAUGCUGUAGUAUCACACAUGGUGGCUAGCACCACAAGAGCAUAUAUCUCAACUUUUUUUUUCAAAGCAAGAACCUACAUUCUGUUUCUUCCAAAUUUCUUAAGUUGUGACUGUGGAGCAGGGGGUUACUCCCAUGGAAGCUGCUGGUGAUGGAUGGGGGUGUCUUGGUAGCUCUGGGAACAGGGGUGCUGGGGGGAAGGAUGGCAGUCUCUCCCUGUAUCAGCCAGAUGAAGUGUCAGAAUGCAUCUAACUCCGCUGAAUUAACAUUGAUGCCUUUUCCACAUAAGAUACCCUGAAAGUCAAGUCCUCUUAAAAAAAAGGGGCCCAAUGGGGAAUUUUCAUCUUGGAGCGUUUUAAAAAAUAAUUUUUAAUUAAAAAAUUGAAGUAUAGUUGAAUUAUAUAUUAGUUUCAGGUGUACAACAACAGAGUGAUUCAAAGUGUUUAUACAUUAUACUCCAUUCAUUAAAAAAAUUUUUUUUUGGCUACCAAACAUUCUAAAAAAACAAAAAGAUGGAGUUCCC